GCCUGGGCUGUCCCUCCCCAUCCCGAGACUUUUUAUAUUUCCGGUGCUGCAGGCACAGGGACAGCGGAAUCCAUAGCUUACUACUCCUAGAGCCCUAGUUGCUUUGUAGCCAUGGCGAGGAGGUCUUGUGGCCUGGGGCUCGCCUGCUUCGCCCUCCUGGUCGCGGCCGCCGGCGCGACGCAGUACAAGGUCGGAGGCGACAAUGGCUGGGCCGUGCCGGACGCCGGCGCCGAGCCCUUCAAUACCUGGGCGGAGAAGACCAGCUUCCAGAUCGGAGACACGCUCCUGUUCGUGUACCCCAAGGACAAGGACUCGGUGCUGCUGGUGGAGCCGGCCGACUACAACGCCUGCAACACCUCCUCCUACGACAAGCAGUUCGACGACGGCAGCACCACCUUCACGCUCGACCGCGCCGGCGACUUCUUCUUCAUCAGCGGCGUCGAGGACAACUGCCGCGCCAACGAGAAGCUCAUCGUCAUGGUUGCCGGGGCCGGCGCGCCGGGGGGGUCGCCCUCGCCGACGCCGUCCGCGCCGGCGCCCUCGAGCGGCGGCGAUGCCAAGGCGCCGCCUUCCUCCUCGCCCAACGCACCGGCGCCCAAGAACUCCACGGCCAAGGGCGCGCCUCAUGCCGCCGCCGGCGGCGACAAGAACGGCGCCGGCCUCACCGUCGCAGGUUUCCUCGCCUCGUUUGUAGCCUGCAUUGCCUAUGCCACGCUUGCUUUCUGAAACCCAGUGGAUGCCAGUGACCGUGUGUGUGUGAACAAAGUGUAUCUUUUGUGUUCGUUCUACGAUUCGGCAGAAAGCAAAAUGCUGGAUUGAAAUCUGAUCAUAAUGCUAACAGCAUUGGAGUGUAAGAAUUUGUCAAAACUCAAAACGUUUGGUUUGAGGAACCA